AUGACCAGCUUUUCUCGUCUGAAUACAAAUUUACUACAAUUAAAAUCGAAGCACUCAUCAGACAAUGCCCAACAUUUAUACGUCAAUGGGAAUGUUGGAUCAUCUACAGAAGAAAUAACUUCCGUAGAGUACAGCAAACUGUUGCAACUAAAAUUAAUUGAUGAAUCGUUGUCCUUCCAAUGGUGUAAUAAUUACACUGUUUUGAGUAUUUACUCCAUGAAGGAAACUUUUGCAAGGAAAACCAUAUAUAUCCACUUUCCAAAACCUCUUCUGAACAAAUGGUUUACUGCAGUCGUAUACGAAUCUAGUGAAACGACCUCCAACCUAUGUUUUGAUGUGAUUUUAAAGGAUGGAAUUUUCAUCAACCUUUCAUUGCCUAUCGAUUUUAUUCUAUCGAGAACUCGUCAAAAUGAGUAUCCUGAGAAUUGGUUGAAGGUUUUAAACCCGUAUGAUUUCUCAGUACGUCCUCCACAGUGUCUAUUUCAUGUUGAUAACACCUUCAGUGUAGUAUUUCUAAAAGAUGGUGGUCUUUUGGGGUUAAAACGUAUUCCGCUCGAAAUAUUAAACGAUUUUGAAUUGCAACCUGUCCUAUUCAAUGAUAGUUCAUACUUUCAAAGUUUUACAAGAAUGUUUUCAAAGUACGAUAACCACAACUCUGCAGUGGUAUCUGCAGAACUUUUGAAUGACAAGUAUCUUGUCACAUUAACGAAUGAUGCAACCAUUAAAAUCUGGGAUUUAACCACAUAUCAACUAAAUGCGCAUUUCGAUCUAAAAGAGAAAAACCAGCAGGUGAAUUAUGGAGCUGCCGGAAAAUACAUGAUAAUUUGUGGAUCUCUCCUGUUUGUAUACCUACCUGCAGGUAAUGGAUCGUUCCAAGUCAUUCAAUUAGAAAAUACGCAUUCUUCAAGAAUCUCCUUCAAACCAUUAAACGUUAAUAUACCUCUCAAUCUUUCAUCUUAUUCAAUAUGGUCUUUAAUUGACAUUCAAUUAGUAAAAUCCUCAAUUGUCAAACAAUCGGGACUCAACUUGGUUUUAUUAUGGAAAAGUAACACAGUGACCAAGCUACAACUACUCUCCUUCGAAGACUCUCUGUAUAGUAGCUACAAAUGGAUUGAUGGUAACAGCACAUACCUCUCUGAUUUGCUUGAUGACUCAGACCUAAUAACAAACGGAAAUAUGGAAAAGGCUCUCCUCAAUCUCAAGUCACACUACUCACAAUCAACGUACGAUGACGCACAAAAGAUACUGAAUAAAAAUAAUGUCAUGGUGCAGAUAAAUGAUCCUCAUAAUCAAGAUUAUUUGAAUAAUCUAGAAGCUCUUUUGAAAGAACUUCAUAAACAAUAUCAGGAGCCUUCAACUCUAACUAUUCUUGAUGAUGAGAUAAUUGUUGUUAACAGCUUACACAUGUAUCAUCAUUCCACGUAUAAGUUAGACUCACAACUUGAAACAAUUUUCUUUAACAUUUUUGAGAGAAAGGAACCCUCGUCUCAACUAGAGCUUUUCUUAAAUAUCCUGCAUGGUUUUUCAACAACCAUUACAUCUGAAACGUUAAAUAAGAUAUCUGAGAAGUUCUUAGACAUGGUAAAUGGUUCAAUAAAUCCCUCGUUAUCAUUGAAAAAUAAAAUUACCAUUGUCUUUCAAGAUUGUCUAACAAAUGGUUUCCAAAGUGCUAAUUUAUCAAAAUUGUUGGAAAAUCUAAAUUCUAUUGAUGUGGUGGAGGUUUUAUCCGAAUUUAUACACUGUGAUUUGAAAGUAGGUGCUUUUUCAGUUAUUGAUUUAUUAGAUACUGACAUUUUCUUAUCUGUUUUGUCUAUGGAAUCCUUGAAGCAGACACUCUCCAUUAUGGAUAAGUUUAUCAUUGAUAUAUUGUUAGUAUUCACUAUUGUGGAUAUCAACUAUGAAGUUUUUGCAGAGAAGUUGUCUAAGUUAAUUACCUUGCACUUCAAUAUCUCAUUGUGGCUCCAAGUGUAUCAAAUAGAUAAAUUAUUGGCAAUUUCUGAGACCUUCGGUCAUGUUACUAAAUACAAUUAUGGUGCACAAUUGAAAUCUUACAGCGAUAUAACCGACUUUACUACAUUAAUGGUUGGUUUUGUCAAGAAUUCUCCAACAGCUGAACCUCCAAUAUUUACAAGAGCCUUUUCCGAUUUCAUAUUGAACGGCGAAGAUUUGACUUGUGCAAAGCAAUUCCUACACUUUGUUGCUAAGCCUUACCAUGUGUCCAAGGAUCCAGUAGAAGAACUACUAUAUGCUCUUUCUUUGUUCAAAUGCAAUGAAUAUGAUGCAUCUAUUGAAAUAUUCUUGGCAAAUGACUUCUCUGAUGAGCUCUCACUACCUAAAUAUCUGGAGGUUACUGAAAAUCACGUUUGGUACAAUCUCCUUCAUGCGAUCAAUACAAAAGAUAAACCAGCAUACUAUUAUGAACUUUCAGUUCUAUGUUCCAAAGCUUCAUCGUAUGCUAAUGCUUUAAAAACCAUCAAAAAAUCUAUAUCACUUGAUGGUACAAGAGCAGAUCAGUUGAUACAAUACUUAGAUACAUUGAUAGUAUUUGGCGAUUAUAAAGAAGUCCUGGAUGUAUUGAGGUUGGAACAAAAAGUCCUUGAUAUAAGCCUAAGAGAAAAAUACUAUUAUACACUGCUGAGUGAUCAAAAGUACAGUGAAAUGUUCACUGCAACUUUACUCCAAGAAUGCUACAAUGCAAACAUUUCCAACGGAUCCAUACUAUUAUGUGUGAGUGAUUAUAAAAUUAUAGCUUCAAUUUUAUCAUCACAAGUUUCUCUCACUGAUUGGAACAGCUAUAAAAAGUUGUUCUCUUUCAGAAUACUAAAUCAACAUGAAAGGAAAGCGUGCGAGGAACUAUAUGACUAUGUACUCUUCGGAUCGAACGACGAGGUUAAAGAAAAGUGCCUACUUCUAAUAUCCAAUGUCUUAAAGACAUUUUCAGAUGCUAAGGACCAAUGGUUCAUCAGCUAUCCAGGACAAAUUAUUCAUUUACAUGAAUUGAAUGACAAAAUGAAUAAGUGUUCAAAGUAG